CGACAUCGUUUAGAGAAGCAUAGGCUAGCCUGCAUGAUUAGGCCUACUUGUUACGCUUUUCAUAAUUAGUUUUAGAAUCAUUAUUGAAUUAUGAUAGCAAUUACCACGAGAUUAUAUUAAUAUAAUUUUUUCUCCAAUUGGUGUUUUUUUUAUUUUACAUUUUUAAUAACUGUUUAAUGUUAUUUUAACAUUUCAAAAGUUUUGAGGUGUUCGUGGUUUUAACUAUUUUCAAAAACCUAUAUGUUUUGCAGUUUCUGCAUUAACUAAACAGACAGUAGGAGUAGGUACACAAAUUAUGUGUUAGUAUGGGCGACAUUGACUUAAAAGACAAAGAAAAAAUAGAAGGGAAAAAUUGUUUGGAUGUGAUGAAAACUAACCUUCCCAAAUCCGUGGACUUGGAUGAACAAUUAGAAUGUACGAGCAUUCCGAUUGUGAGCAAGGAUAACACAACUACCACGCGUUUAUACAAAAGGAGAUGGGUGAUGGUGUUCCUUUUCAGCUCUUACUCCUUGUGCAACGCUUUCCAAUGGAUCCAAUAUGGAAUUAUCAACAACAUUUUCAUGAUAUUUUACAAUGUUGACUCUUUUACCAUUGACUGGAUGUCAAUGAUCUAUAUGUUGACAUACAUUCCUUUUAUUUGGCCUGUGUCCUGGCUCUUGGACAAAAAGGGACUGCGGGUCAUAGCACUGAUGGCCACGGCAAUUAAUUGCCUUGGAACAUGGAUCAAGGUGGCAAGUGUUAGGUCAAAUCUAUUUUGGGUGACGAUGCUCGGACAGUUUGCAGCCUCCUUAUCCCAGGUCUUCAUCCUUGGGAUGCCUUCCCGCCUUGCAUCGGUUUGGUUUGGCUCAGAAGAGGUGUCCACUGCCUGUUCCAUCGGCGUAUUUGGGAAUCAGUUGGGCAUUGCCAUUGGCUUCCUGGUGCCACCCAUACUUGUGCCAAAUGUUGAUGAUAAAGAUGUGCUGGCAUACCACAUCAGCAUCAUGUUCUACAUCUCUGCUGGAGUGGCAACUGUGAUAUUCAUUCUUGUAAUCUUCGUGUUCCAAGACAAGCCGGAAAUCCCUCCCACCCUGGCUCAGGUACAGGCCAGGAGCAUUCCACCAGAGGAGUACUCCUACACAGCCUCCAUCCUCAGACUGCUGCGUAACCUGCCCUUCAUGCUCCUUGUAGUCAGCUAUGGGCUCAACGUUGGUUGUUUCUAUGCUGUUUCCACGCUGCUGAACCGUAUGAUUAUUGAGCAUUAUCCAGGUGAAGAGGUUAAUGCUGGGAGAAUUGGCCUCACCAUUGUCAUUGCCGGGAUGGUGGGGUCCCUCAUAUGUGGGAUCUGGUUGGACAAGACCAAAACCUACAAACAGACUACUGUGGCUGUGUAUCUCCUGACCUUCGUGGGAAUGGUGGUCUAUUCCUUCACCCUCAGUCUAGGCCACUUAUGGGUGGUGUUCGUGACGGCAGGGGCUCUAGGGUUCUUUAUGACUGGGUAUCUUCCACUUGGCUUUGAGUUUGCUGUGGAGCUGACCUUCCCAGAGUGUGAGGGCACUUCAUCAGGCUUGCUCAACUGUUCGGCUCAGAUAUUUGGGAUCAUAUUCACCAUCAGUCAAGGGAAGAUCAUAGAUCACUUUGGCACAUUCGCUGGGAACAUUUUUCUCUGUGUCUUCCUGCUCAUAGGAACUAUCAUGACAGCAUUCAUCAAGUCUGACCUCCGACGGCAGACUGCCAACCAUCUGGCUGAGACUCAGGCAGAAAGUGAGGCCAGCUACAGGGAGGCAUCUCACCACCAGAUACAGUGAAGAAGGCAAAGUUAUAAGGAAGAAGUUCAGUUGGAUGGGUGUGAGAAGACAACCCUUCACAAGGUGAAAAGACAUGGAUGAAAACUAACAAAAGAAACAUAACCAUUUGUAAACCGAAACAUGCUAACUUACUGUUGCUUUAGAUAAGAGCGUCUGCAAAAUUACUAAAAUAUAAUGUAAAAUGUAUGAUGUUCAUUAUUUAAAAUGACAUGAUGGCAUUAGAGGAGACCUCUGAGGAAAUCACACCCUCUUCUAAGCGGACCCCUAAACCGUACACACAAUGCAGAUCUGAGAGGAUUUGAUAGGUAUAAAUAAUACUGUGAAUAUUACACCUAGCCUCAGAUGGCAAUCUGAACCAGACUGCUUAUGCCUCUCAGCCCUUCAAAAGUGCAUAGGGUGUAAGGCUUUGGGUCAGUUUUGGAUUGGGUCUCAGAGCUAAGGAAUGUGCAGUUGAAUGUACCACAUAGAGAGGAACUCACUUGGAACCUUACAAGUUUUCCUCUCUUGCCAAUGACUUGACAGAAGAUAACUGGUUUGAUUAUCAGAGGUAUUUCAAAUUAUUACCUUAUAAUACAUACUUUAGAUUGUUUGUUUCUUAGCUUUCAAUGUCCCCAAUUGAAGUAAUGUACAGUGGGGAGAACAAGUAUUUGAUACACUGCCGAAUCUGCAGGUUUUCCCACUU